GCGUCAAAUGUAACGUAAGCAAUGUAUUGAUUUUUGUAUUUUCGCGGAAAAUGUUUGGCCUAAUCGAUUGUAUUAAAAAUAAACAGAGGAUAGUCGUAGAAACAAAUUAGGAAAUGAUUAGCUACGAUUAGACGCAAUAAAAUAUUAACAAGUGAUCCUUUUUUAUCCAAAGUGAUUGUAUUUAAAAUAUAAAUAAAAUGUCUCAUAUUUUUAAGUUAAUAUUUACAAUAGCUCUUAUAGAGCAUUUUUUUGUUUGUAAUACAAAUGCUCUACAGCAAAAUAGGACCUUCCACCAUGUACGUCGAUCAAGUAUGGAUGAUAGUUUCUUCAAGAACCAAAAACCACCGUCGUACCGAUCGUUCCAGCCAGUCUCAAUUAAAUAUCGAAAAGCAUAUCCAAGGGAAGAUCGCACGGACUACGACAUUACCUCUUACGACUCCGAAUAUGGCGGAGUAGUAUCUAACUUUACGUCUUCCAUUUACGAUGACAAUCCUCCGUUAUAUCCAAAUCCAGAAAUUUUAACCAGAAGCAAUCAAGGCAAAUCGGUGGACGCCCGAGCGAUGGACUCGGAGGUGGACUUACCAGAUGACUCCCUGGCCGAUGCGGAUCUGAAGGAGCAUAAUAUCAUAGACAGUGUUACAUACCUUUACGGCUUUAACAACUGCCAUGGCGUGAGAAAUGAAUGGAAAAUAUUGAUAUUCGUCACAAGCAGUAUCGCAGUUACGAUGUUAGCUGCCACUGUGUUGUGGCUGCUAUGGAGUGAAUACGCAGCUGAAUUCAGAAAGAGCAGCAAGCUAUACCCAAUCAACAUUAACCUGUGCUGCUGUCUAGGGGCUUGUUCUUUUAUUUAUAUGCAAGCAGUCAUGGGCGUCUCAUCCCCGUCUCAAUGUGAGCGCAUCGCCCUCCUCCUCCACUACACGCACGUGUCCUGCGCGAUGUGGAUCGUGGCGCUUGCCGCGGCCGUGGCUGAGUACUGCGUCUGCGAUACACUGCUGCCGCUUAAGUAUAUCUACUUGCUGGCUUAUGGAGUACCGGCGAUUGUGGUCAUGUUCAACUACGCUCUAUCGAUGGAACACUACGAAAUAAAGCACUAUUGCUGGAUGUCGAUUGAAAAGGGGAUGGUCAUGGGAUUCAUGGUUCCAGCUAUGAUACUGAUCCUGAUCAAUACUGGCAUUAUAAUAAUCGGACUGCAAAGCGUCAAUAGGAAGCAAGCUGAAAUGCUAACAGCCAAGAUUCAGGAAUUGGUAGACCAUCACCUAGCCAACUGGCCUAAGAAUGAGCAAAGGAACAGCACCGGAAGUAUCGAUACUUUGGAUAACAUAUACAGCCCUAGCAGUAGCCGGAAGAACACAGACACUUCAGAUAAAGAUUACAAUAUGAGUGAGGAUGAUUGCCAGUAUAAUGUUAAUCUGGAGAAUUCUAAUGGAGAGUUAGAUUUAGACGGUGAGAAUCAGCCUCCAUACAUAAAAGCCUUACAAGACAGAGGACUUCUAAACGUACUCUACAGCAUGGACAACCUGUCUUUGAAAUGGAGUUGGAAUACGGAAGGGAACGAACUAAAGUCUUACCUGAACUUGUGCUUAGUGUUGGAGCCCUUCUUCGCUAUCAACUGGGUGAUGGGUGUUGUCGCCAUUGAAAACUCUGGCCACUGGUCUACGCCGACUAUUUAUUUGAUACUCGUUGUCGUUAUGUAUGUGUAUCUCUCGGCCACAUUGUGUACGACUCUUCCCAUCGUCCGCAACAAAACGACACCAUGUUGCGAGGAAGUCGUCACUGAACAAACGUUGACCAGAACGAGAACAACUGACAGCAUUCCUUUACUGGACCCGGCGAUACAACAGCCCGUGGUGACCCCGGUACCUGCAGAUACUAUAAGCACUAUCAGCAUAUAAAGUCACCUUUAUGUCAAGGUACUUGGGUUCAAAUCGAGGACUGCAAAGUCGGUUCGAGCGAUUUAAAAUCGCUUUCGGGUUAAAUUCGACGAUUUGACGAGGAAUUGCGGAUUUAUAACUUUUAGUUAGUCAAUUUAAUGAUAAAAAAAGGAUUUGAAAUCGCCUGAAGGCCAAAUGGCCACGAAGGUGAAAAACAAGUUUGUUCUCAUAGAUUUUAAGAAAAAUAAUGCUAUCGUAUUAGUUUUAAGUGCAAUAUUAAUGAAUAUUUUACACAAUACCAAAGUUUUCACAAAUUAAUGGCCGUAAAUAUGGUUAAUAUUAAAUUAAGGAAUUUUAAAUCAGCUUUACAGAUUUUUAUAGUGUUUUUGGUGUAACCAUUUUAAAGAUUUUAUGUGAUGGGUUGUGUAUUAUGUGUAUGAUUGUUUUUAAAGCAAAAUUGUUGUUUGUAAGUACGUAUGUAGUUAUAAAUAUUAAUUACCCCUAUAUUAUUUAUGCCUUAUACAAAUCAGGAAAAUUCUUAACAGAGCGUUGUACUACCCACGCUUAAGGCGUGUCCAGAUGGGGACAAUUUCCGCCAAUCUGAUUAAAUUGUCCGAUCAAAUCAGGUGGUGCGACGUUGAUGAAUGUUGCCAGUAAAGCAAAAAAAAUCCUCAAACCAUUUUAUCGAUUGACUCAUUAGGUAAAUAUCUAAACAAGUAGAAUGUAUAUUUACUUACUAUAAGAUAUUGCGACCCACUAACCCGCCAUGGACCAGCGAAGUGAGUCGCAUAUUUAUAUUUUAUAUAAGCUUUUCUGUCCAAACUGAUGUUUUAACAUUUAAAAAGUAAACGUUUUAUCUUACACGACUGAACAUGUUAUGGCUGAUUCAGAUUUCAAACUAAGUAUUAAAUAGACUAGGUAUUUUAAAUUAAAAUAUGAAUGUUAUCAAAAUAUGGCAAUAAUGCAGGCAAUAUGUUCUUUUUAGAGACACGUCAGUAAUAUAGACUACUAUUUCCAUACACAUCUGUAUUCGCUCGAAAUAAUAUCUCUUAUACCAGUAAUCUUAAACAACUGAGAGAGCUUUGUUCGUAAAUGAAUUAACAGUAGUACUAUUCACUUGUCUUUGUUAGCUAUGAUUUAUCAAUCGGUAGUAAUUUUUUGAUAUUUCUUGUCGCACAAUAGAAUAUGAUUAACAUUAUAUAUAGGUACCUAUGUUAAACUUCUUACUAGAAGUAAAACUGUAAAAUGUAUAAAAUAUCUAUUUUCGGCAAUACGGGUCAAGCAUAAAACCCUUCUUCAUUAUUCCCCCAACAACCCUAUUUUUUGCCAUGGUAUAUGUGUGCACAUAAAUAAAAAAGAAUUUUAGACUACACAAUUUGUCGGGCCCUAUUAUAGUUUGUCAAAGGACUGUCUCAUUUUAAUCAUAGACAGAGAGAAUCAUACUAUCUUUGUCUUGCACUAGUACUAGCACCUAAAAGGAUGAGUAGGUAUAGUUUUCCUUGUUCUAAGUGACUGACAAAUUGGUUUGACCAACUAUAUGUACCUUACUCUCCCUUCUUCCCUAUAAGUGCCCCACACACAACACUAACCGAGAAACAGUAGUCUAUUUUUAGGCCCCAUUCGCACGACAGCUUUUUCAACGCGCGUUAAAAAAGCGUUUGAAUGACACAAAUGGAUAUUAGCCAUCUAUGUAUUCACAUGACCGCGGUGGCGCUUUUUUAUCAAGCGUUGUUGGAUUUUAGACUUUAAGCCUUGGUCAUUAAAUCGAAUUUAAAGUGCGGACAUAUUCAAGCGCUUUUUUAAGGCGCGUUGAAAAAGCUCCCUGCCCUAAAGACCCUGCCUAAGCCACACGCGGCUUCUACUUGAGAGCACUUUUCUACGACAAAGUCAUUAGAUUUAUAUUCUUAAAUGUUUUAGGCCGUAGUCGUUCUGUUUGUGAUAGUAACUGUUGCCACAAUGAUUCGAAUAAAUGUUUUGACAAA